AUGGCGGACAAACAGCCGUCAGGUCGCAAGGAACUGGAGAAACUUCUAGAAAAGGACCUCGAUCGGCUCUACAAGUUGGGCACUCGGCUGGGAUACAAAGGGCGCGAGCUGGACGAAUGGAUCAAAGGAGAGCAAAAGCGAAACAAGCCCAGUGAAGCGCUCCUCACUGAACUCCAAGAGGCCAAGAAACGGGAAGCGGAAGACGGCAGCAAGGAUCCGCAGGCUCCGAGCGCGUCCGAGAAACCCAAAGCCUCGCUCAAACCCUCCUUCAAGGCAGCCGACAAGCAACUGCCGCUGUCUAAACCGUUGCCGGGGUCAACGAGCAAGAAGAAAGCCGAGAGACCAGCCAGUCUAUGGACAACUCACACCGUGGGGGCCCAUCCCGAGUGCGGCAAGUCGUCCAAGAGCAACAUGCAGCAAAUGCGGACGGCAUCGAGAGUCACGAAAAAGUUCCCGUGCCCGUUCAACAGAGGUUCAAACUCCGCGCAAGUCCUGUUACGCUUGUCAAGACCAGCGGCACGUUUUGAAAAACCUCCAGAGGAAGCUGACGAUGGUGGUGCCGAAGGUCCGCUUGCAUCUGAGCCUAAGCCCAAGUAUCCGCCAAGGGUUUUAGGAAAGUCUCUGCCAAAGCCUUUGCCAAAGCCUCUGUCCAAGCCUCAGCCAAAGCUUGUGCCCAAGCCUGUUUCCAAACCUGUUUCCAAGCCUGUGCCCAAGCAGGUGCCCAAGCCUGACGCUGUGAACAAGGAGAAGGUGUUACCGACCGUUCACAAAAAGCCAGAUAAACCUGCGUCGGCAACCAAGAAGGAACUGGAGCAGGAUGAGGAGAAAAUAGAAAAAGGAAAAACUCGCAAGGUCGUGGCUAAGGAGGCCAAUGUGGGCAAGGACAUCCUAGAUAUGGACAAGGCGGGUAAAGAAAAACCCGACAAGGCGGCAGCCGACAAUGACAUAGGAAAGCCAACGAAAUACCAAGCACUCAUGGGUAAACUGAACUGGGGGAAAGUGACUCAGCAGAAAGCAAGCAAGGACGAGGCCGAUGAGGUUCAGUUGCCUCAGGCGAAGAUAGACGGCGAGCUCGAAGCUACUAAGAAAGACAAGGCAAAAGCUGAGCCCAAGGAAGAGACAACUAAAGGCAAGAAAGUCAAGAAGGGCAAGGAUGCCGAGGCGCGCUCGGAGACGAGCACGUUGGCUAAGCUCAAGAAAUUGGUCAGCAGGUCUCCAGCGAAGGCGAAAAAGUCGGAGGAAGAACAAGCGACCGAAGAAGUAUCUGAGCACGCCUCAAGCAAGUCUGGAAGGGAGGAAGAGCCCAGAAAGCCACCACCGCCGAAGAGGCUACUACCGCCGAAGAAGCCUCCAGAGAAGCCUCCAGAGAUGAAGCCGCCUGUGAUUCCGUCUGCGAAGUCGAGAGGACGGGAGCAAUCACAAGCGCGUUUGAGCAUACGUGGACAGGAGACCCGGUUCGCCGAGGAGACAAGUGUCAGGGAAUUGACCACAGCAUCGGCUGGCGACGCAUUACCGGAGGACUUUGCCAAAACCGAAGGGGAGGAGGAGGAAGGCACUCCCCCCGUGCUGACGGAGGAGCAGCGCACGCUGUUCUUCCACGACGGCCGACGGCGCAUCGACAUCGUGCUCGCCUACGAGGAGACGGGCAACAAGAUGCACGAACGCUACAGGCGCAUCUUCCACGAGAACAUCGUCGCCGAGGGCCUCGAGAUAGAGAUUGAGAACGCAGAGGACUCGUGGGACGGGUACACGUACUUCGUGAAGGUCCAUGCGCCGUGGGCCGUGCUUAGCAAGUACGCCGAGCAGCUGCACCUUCGAAUGCCCGUCAAGAAAAAAGGUCCAGCCAUGGCGUUCCCCAAGAUUAAGAUCAAGCCUGGCGAGAAGCCUGUCUUUCCAGACAUGAAAGCCUUCGAGAGCGACUCCGUGGAGAUCGAGGUGGUGGGCAAAGCGCCGAGCAAGAAGAAGCUGUCUCGGCUCAAGUCUCCCUUUCCCUACGACAAGAAGCUCAUUCCCGACGAGAACGAAUUCUACAAUGCGGAAUUCGUGCGGCAGCGAGAGCGCAUGUACCUCAUAUCUAGCAAGGAGACCUUCUUCUCUCAAGCCAUGCGCAGCCGCAUGACGUGGGAGGUUCUCACUCGUGCCAAGUACGACGAGGCGGAGCACCAGAGAGGCGAGUCACUUAGGCCCACGAUGUUGCAGGCGGAUUUGUGAAAGUGCCAGAUCUCCCCGCAUCAUUUGUUUUACCGGAGCCGUUUUCUAACCAAAUGAUCCACACGAGGUAACGUAGCUCAUUUUCGUGCAUCGCAAAAACGUUUACGGGGGACUUAGUUUGCGAGAGUCGGGCGAUAGCCAGCGCA